UUGAGUUCCAAGUUUCAAGUCAACCCGUCUGCAUCCGCUCCGGUCGCCGGCCGCUGGUCGCGUAAGGCGGGCUCCGGCCGCCCCAUGCGUUCCGCCUACUCCACCACGCGCCGAUCACCCGCUAAUCCGUGUCGAUUAACAAGAGGCGGAAUCCGAUUCGAGCGUUGGGUUUUACCAAUUUGGGCGGCCUUCUCCAUGUCAACGUGACUCAUCCUCCCACUAAUCUACGCGGACGAAGGAAAAGUAACCGAAUUAUUCCACGCGCUUUAUGGUCGGGGAUCCCGAGCCGCCAGCCAGAGCAAGCGCCGGCCAGCCUCCUCCUCUCCUCCCCACCUCCGCCUUCGUUCGCCCCGUCGGCUCUCUCACCCACACCGCGAGGAGCGGCACCAGGAGAUCCCGGCGCCUCCGGCGAUCGACUCCAAGCAGGAGGAGCAGAAGGAGGGAGAUCCAGCGGAAGGGCUCGAUGGUACGGGAGACGGAGUACUACGAUGUGCUGGGGGUGAGCCCGUCAGCCACCGAGACCGAGAUCAAGAAGGCGUACUACGUCAAGGCGAGGCAGGUCCAUCCUGACAAGAACCCCAAUGAUCCCCUCGCGGCGGAAAAGUUCCAGGAAUUGGGGAAAGCAUACCAAGUACUCAGUGACCCUACACAGCGCGAAAUGUACAACUCAUAUGGGAAAUCUGGUAUCUCAACGGACACUAUGAUUGAUCCAGCAGCAAUUUUUGCAAUGCUGUUCGGUAGUGAGAUUUUCGAGGAUUACAUUGGUCAACUGGCAAUGGCAUCCAUGGCUUCACUUGAUAUUUUUAGUGAAGAUGAAGAGAUUGAUGCAAGGAAAUUGCAAGAGAAAAUGCGAGUUGUGCAAAAGGAAAGGGAGGAGAAACUUGCUCAGAAACUGAAGAAUAGGUUGAACAUCUAUGUUCAGGGAAACAAAGAGGAAUUUAUCGAGCUUGCUGAGGCUGAGGUGUCUAGACUUUCAAAUGCAGCAUAUGGGGUUGAUAUGCUGAGUACUAUUGGUUACAUGUAUUCAAGACAAGCUGCCAAGGAGCUUGGAAAGAAAGCUAUCCUUUUGGGGGUUCCGUUUAUAGCUGAAUGGUUCAGAAAUAAGGGACAUUUUAUUAAAUCCCAAGUAACAGCUGCAACAGGUGCAAUAGCUCUUAUGCAGUUGCAGGAAGAUUUAAAGAAGCAUCUCAGUUCAGAAUGUAAUUACACCGAGGAGGAACUUGAAGCUUACAUGCAGAGUCAUAAAAGUGUUUUGGUUGAUUCCUUAUGGAAGCUUAACGUUGCUGAUAUAGAGGCAACACUGUCACAUGUCUGCCAGAUGGUGCUUCAAGAUGGUAGUGUCAGGAGAGAGGAACUGAGAGCUCGAGCUAAAGGAUUGAAAACUUUGGGCAAAAUAUUCCAGCGUGUCAAGCUUAAUGGUAGUGAAGAGGAACCAGCAGCAAUGAAGAAUAUGAUACAUAAUUCGGAUGACAAUGCUGGUAGUUCUCCUGGUUCAUCACCAAAAUCUCCCAGGGAGCAGCCAUUCGAUGCAAAUCCACCAUAUUCCCAGAGUCCAUAUGUGGAGGCCCCUCAGUUCGACGGCGCUUACUAUUCAUUCAACUUCCCGAUGCCUACUGCUCCGCCCGGAGCGCAGAGGGAUCCAGUCCCAUGAUUCGCUCCAAGGACAGUAACUUGGUUUUUUGCAUGGGUCAUCUUUUUUGUACAAUAUUGCUUGUGUUAGCAGAUGAUCACAUGGUCUUCAUAUUGUGCUAGUAUAGCAAAGCGAAGAAUUCGCUCAAAAAAAAGCAAAGCGAAGAAGCCGCUGGGUAUUAUAUAGCAGUAUAUUUUUCCUUCGCUCGUGUAAUCAAUCGAUUGAAACCAUACGGCAGCCCUGUGUUGUGUACAGGCGUUUUGUGUUGCUGAGGCAGCGACCGGCCGGUAUUGUUGUGUACAUGAACUAUAUGACAUCAUACUUUUUUUCGUUUGUCUAUGGACUAUGGGUGCAUAUAUUUUCUAUCCUA